CCCUGGCAGGCCAAUGGCAUACAAAGUUGAUCAAUCUCUGCUGGGUCCAUGAGCAGACCUGGGUGCGGAGCAAACUCAGGACUCAAUAGUAGAAAUUACAGAUGAAGAUUUAUUCGGAGAAUAAUACAGCAGAUAAUCAAACUAAGAGCUCCCUUAUUUGGGACUUGAGUGCACAGAACUUGAAUCCAGGACUCAGCGAUGAACACUGGCCCAGAAUAACCCUAAGUAACCCAGAAUAUAAAGCACGGGAAAUCACAAACUAAUCAAAACGAGAAGCAUAACAAAACCAUAUUCACAUAAUGAGCGUCAGGAAAAACACAGUGACAACUUAGUAAUAAGCGUAGUUGUGCUGUCUUUACGACAGUUAUUUAGUUUAUAAUAUUUUCGCUUAGUAAUUCAUUCAAUAGUAUUUUCUAGUUAGAAUUAGAAGUGUUUAAAGUAUAUUCAUUGCAUGUAAAAUAUAUCGGCAUGCGAUGACGUCACAUCCGGUUUCGCCGCGUCUUGUGGGAAAACACCGGUUUGAAAUUAGCGCGAGGGUGGGGGCUUUCCACGAGGCUCACCUGAGCACAAGCAGUUUUGCAGGCAUGAGAAAUCACAGUGAGAGCAACGCUUUUUCACCAUAUGUUAAUGUGAAGAGUGAACAGUAAAUGGUUAAUCUUACUGCGAUCUGGUUCUUAUUAACUGUGGUUUAUCCGGACGUUAAAUUCGGCGUUUCGUUACACCCGAAGGAGAACGUGACAGUGAAAAAGCGGCAUUAUCAGGUGUUUCAAGUGCUGCAAUGUCAGCUCAAUCCAGCAUCAAGUCGACGCCGCCCAGCGACAAGGGCAGUAAACCGACAUCAAGUAAGCCCACCCGGGCGUUAUCAGGUGUUCCAAGUGCUGCAAUGUCAGCUCGAUCCGGGAUCAAGUCGAUGGCGCCCAGCGACAAGGGCAGUAGAACGACAUCAAGUAAGUCCGCACAGGCAAGAGCCAAGGCAGAAGCCGCCAAGGUGCGACUGCAUUACGCCAGACAAGAAGCAGUUUUGAAAAUGAAACUGGCCACCAGAGAAGCCGAAAUCCAGAAAGAAGAGGCUGCCAGAGAAGCCGAAAUCCAGAAAGAAAGGGCCGCCAGACAAAGAGAAGAGGCUGCCAGAGAAGCCGAAAUCCAGAAAGAAAGGGCCGCCAGAGAAGCCGAAAUCCAGAAAGAAAGGGCCGCCCGAGAAGCCGAAAUCCAGUUGGAAAUGGCAAAAAUAUCGACAGAGUUGCAAGUGCUGCAGCUAGAAAGAGAAGAAGCUGCUGCCAUGGCGGAAGCAAAGUACAUAGAAGAAGCUGAAGGGUCGCGUGAUCUGACCGCAGCAAGAUCUACUUUAGAAAGGACCAGACUGGAACGCACAAGCGACUAUGUACAAUCUCAAAUAGAUAGGCAGGCUCGUCUCCCCUCUCCAUACGUAUUCGAUAACUUCCCCAGCUACGAGGAACCUCAGAGAGUCACGAUUGCAUCACAUCCAUACGAGGAAGGAAAUUUACCCUCACGGCUCCGUGAUGAAGUCAAGAAUGAAAGAACCGACAACGCUCCUUCACCCCCACAACAGGACGGCGGGGAGGGAGAGGUUCACUCCAGGACAACAAUUGUCAGCUCGAACUGUACAGAAGUUUGCGGUCAAACUCAGUCAAGCCGUUCUUGUUCCGAGAUCUGCCUCACUGAGGUGUACCCUAAAGAAGCACAACAAGACAUUACCAAGCGUAAGUAACCGACGAGACGCUAGGUCAGUCAGUUUUCGUUCAAACCGAGGACGGAAACAAACUUGCACAAUCAGCUCAAGAUACCAUUUCUUUAAAACCCAAAGACACCAAGGUCUUCAGAGAUGAAGCAAAUAAUGGGGUUGCCCCAUUGCCUAUCAGAGAACCAUGCCAGCGCUCACCAGAUAACAAAGAGCAGGCAGUCAAACGGUUCACGUCCUUACGGAAAACCCGGAAAAGGAAACCUGAGAUGCAGCAACGCACCCGAUUGGCCCACGAGGUACUGUGCACCCUAAUGGCAGAGGUCACAGCCAUUAUAAACGCACAAUCAUUCCUACCUGUGUCUUCUGACCCAGAAAACCCCUUUAUACUUUCGCCAUCAACGCUCCUUACGCAGAAGGCAGGAGCACCUCCUCCACCAGGAGACUUCUCAGACAAGGAUUUGUACACAAAGCAAUGGAGACAAGUCCAGGCUCUGGCAAAUCAGUUCUGGCCUCGCUGGAGACAAAAAUAUCUACCUUUGUUGCAACAGAGACAAAAGUGGACAGAACCCCGAAGGAAUCUUCAAGUUGGAGACUUAGUCCUGCUCAGGGACAAGCAAGUCGCUCGCAACAGCUGGCCAACGGCCAGAAUCACUGUUACAUUCCCUAGCGGGGAUGGACAUGUCAGGAAGAUCGAAUUGAAGACUACCGACCAAGGCGAUGUGAAAAUUUACCAAGGGCCAGUUACAGAAGUUAUUCUACUUCUACCCAAUGACUGAUUAAGAGACUAAGUUUUGUACUCUGCUCAUUGUGACCUUACGAAGGUCAAGCGGGGAGUGUGCUGUCUUUACGACAGUUAUUUAGUUUAUAAUAUUUUCGCUUAGUAAUUCAUUCAAUAGUAUUUUCUAGUUAGAAUUAGAAGUGUUUAAAGUAUAUUCAUUGCAUGUAAAAUAUAUCGGCAUGCGAUGACGUCACAUCCGGUUUCGCCGCGUCUUGUGGGAAAACACCGGUUUGAAAUUAGCGCGAGGGUGGGGGCUUUCCACGAGGCUCACCUGAGCACAAGCAGUUUUGCAGGCAUGAGAAAUCACAGUGAGAGCAACGCUGUAAGUUAAUAGAUAAUCGAUAUAUUGAACUAAGAUGUUAAUGCUGAUCCUGUUAGAGGUAACGACGGUAGAUAAUGUUUAUGCUUUCGUUAGUUAAAGAGUCGCGGAUAGUUUGCAUGGAAGUGUAUUUAAAGUAGUCAAUGGAGCAGGUAAACUCUCCCUGUAUACUGCACCUUAGUGUAAUGUAGUUAUAGUCACCUUUGCAAGUAUUUACACUUGAAAUGUGAUAUUAAGGAAGGAACAAAUACUGUAUCAAUCUUGUAUUGUUUUAUCAACAGUUUUCACCAUAUGUUAAUGUGAAGAGUGAACAGUAAAUGGUUAAUCUUACUGCGAUCUGGUUCUUAUUAACUGUGGUUUAUCCGGACGUUAAAUUCGGCGUUUCGUUACACCCGAAGGAGAACGUGACAGUAGUCAUUAAACAACUCUAAUAAACUCAAAUAAUGACGUUCGGGUGCGUCAAGACCUGCCACUACCCAGCGCCCAGCGCCAGUCUAAAGGGUUCAUGACACCCCAUCAUUCAACUGUUCCCACAACCUAUGGACUCACUUUCAAGGACUCUUCAUCUCAUGUCCUCGAUAAUUAUUGCUUAUUUGUUUUUUUUCUUUUGUUUUUGCACAGUUUCUUGUCUUCUGUGCAUUGUUUGGCUGUCUGUCCUGUUGGGUGAGAUCUUUUAUCUAUCUAUCUGUCUAUUGAGAUACAGCAUGGAAUUGGCUCUUCCAACCCUUCGAGCGGUGCCACCCAGCAACCCCUGAUUCAACCCUAGUCUAAUCACGGGACAAUUCACAAUGACCAAUUAACCUACUAACCAGUACGCCUUUGGACUGUGGGAGGAAACCGCAGACAUGGAGGAAACCCACACAGUUACAGGGAGAACAUACAAACAUUUCCUGCAAGUAGCGUGGGAAUUGAACCCAGGACACACCGCUAUCCUGCCAUCUAUUUUGAUCCUUUGAUUUAUUGUAUGCCUGUAAGAAAAUGAAUUUCAGGGUUGUAUAUGGUGACAUACAUGUACUUAGGUAAGAAAUUUACUUUGAACUUUGAAGCACAUGCUUAUCCUGGUCCUUCCAAUGCAACGCCAUCUAUAUUCAAUUCAGUGUUACAGCAGCAUAGUCUCCAUUCUAUUCCCACUGUGCUGGAAACCAGCAAUGCCAUAGAAGUAUCUUGACAUGCAUCAUUCCACUCUCAGCCAGAGGGGAGACAGGGCUCUUUGCU